AUGGUUUUACCAGGUGAUUUCUACAAGCAUUGCUGGGAAAUCAUCAAGCGGAUGUUCUCAUUUGCUUUUCACGCCUUCUACAUACAACACAAUGGGGCUCUGGAACAUCUUAACCGAGCACAGGUGGUGCUGAUCCCCAAGAAGGAAAUUGCGACGGAGCCAAAGGACUUCAGACCGAUAAGUCUCAUCCACUCCUUUGCAAAGUUACUGACAAAGGUGAUGGCGAAUAGAUUGGCGAUGUACAUAGAUAAGCUAACCUCUGCCUCUCAAAGUGCUUUCAUUAAAAGGAGAUGCAUACAGGAAAACUUCUUGUAUGUCAGAGGGCUAGCGCGGCACUACCACCGCACAAGAACACCUGCCUGCCUCAUCAAACUCGACAUAACCAAAGCAUUUGACUCGGUAUCAUGGGAGUACCUGAUUGAACUGCUUGCCAAAAGGGGAUUUCGACAAGAUGGUUGGACUGGCUGGCAGCGAUCCUUAGUACAUCGUCCUCGGCAAUACUACUCAAUGGUUGCCCAAGUGACAACAUCAGGCACCAGAGAGGUCUCAGGCAGGCAAGGCUUCCUAUCAAAACUAAAAGGUAAACAUGCAAGCCUCCGGAUAUCAAUGUAUGCUGAUGAUGUGAUACUACAAGACUUCCCUGGACCAAGAGUGGCUUUUCCAACGCAAUACUUAGGACUGCCUCUCACGCUUGGAAGGUUAAGAAUGGUGCACCUGCAAUACAUCCAAGAUAGAGCUAAAGAUAGGGUGGCUGGCUGGCAAGGGCGACUGCUGAAUGUUGCUGGCCGUAGGGAGUUGGUGCGCUCUGUGCUUAGCUCCCUGCCAAUCUACCUGCUGACGGUUGUGAAGGUACCCAAAAAUUUCUUGAAAGAACUAGACAAACUUCGUAGAAAAUUCUUGUGGGCUGGUGACAAGGAGCUAACUGGAGGAAAAUGCAAGGUUGCAUGGAACAAAGUAUGUACGCCAACAGACAACGGUGGUCUAGGCAUCAUCGAACUGGAAAGGUUCAGCCGUGCCCUGCGGCUUCGGUGGCUCUGGUUCUCGUGGGACGACACUAACAGACCCUGGAAAGGAAUGGAGUUGUCGGUCGACAAUAGUGACAUUGCACUCUUCAAUGUUGCUACAAGUGUGGUCUUAGGAAAUGGAAAAAAGGCUAAGUUCUGGUCAUCUCGCUGGCUACAUGCUGCAAGGCUAAUGCUCAGGCAAUGGCCAAAUGAAUAUUUCUGCCAGCUAUGUGUGAGGAACCUGGAGACGGUCUCACACCUCUUCCAAGAAUGCGGCUACUCGAGGAGUGUCUGGGACAAGGUGGGCUCCUGGAUCUCGGCGGCUGCCCUAAGGCCGACAAACUGGACACAGAUGGAAGAUCUAGGACAAUGGUAUGCUGACAUGGCCAACAAUGGAGCAAGAGAUGCAAGAGAAGGGGUACACUCGAUGAUCAUGCUGACAACCUGGGAAAUAUGGAAGGAAAGGAACAAUCGGGUUUUCCAAAGAUCCUCCAGAACACAGGAGCAAGUCUUCAGAGCCAUACAAGACGAAGCAAGAACGUGGGUACGGGCCGGAAAUAGAGGACUAGAAGAACUGUUGCCUCCAUUGGAGCAGCCUCCUGUAGAUGCUAUAAAUCCUAUGUAA